AGAGAGAGAGGAUCACUGGGCUCUGUGAGCUUGCGAGGAUCAGCAGCAACAGAAUGAGACGGAGAGAGAGAUAGAAAGCGGUAAAGAGUCGGAGGAGAGCGCAACUGAGGACUAAAGGACUACCAGGCACAAGAGACACACUAAGGGAGAGGAGAAGCAUGCGAACCACAGAGGGGGAUAAGGAAAGAAGAAACCAACAAUAUCCAGAGAUGUCAUCUCCAGGCAGCUGGUCACAAACUGAGGAAAGCUUAAGCAGCGCCCGACUGGAAGUAGAUAAACAAGUCAGGAGGUCAUUAAUGGAGGAGCGUUGACAGUUUAUAGCCUUAUUGGACAUUGAAUUCCUAUCUGCUGCCUCCACAGACAAACUCUUUAACGCUGCUCCCCAAACACACAAACUCAUUUGGGUAAACAAAAACCGGAAACAUUCUGGCUUUCUUUUGGAUAUAGUCUUGCUAACACUGGCUGAUGUCACCGCUUGCCUCCAUCCCCUUCAGCUCCUCAGGGGGCUGAGCCGACCUGCAGAGGAGCAUGGGCAGGAGGGUGGCUGACCCAACCAAUCCGGUGCCUGCACUGGGAGUUCCCCUGGCGGGGGGGCGAUGGGGCCCGCUGUGCAGUGUCGGGGUGCAGACAUCUCCCAGGCUGCGGACUCUCCCCUCCAUCAAACGGCACAGCAGUCAACCAACCAACACGCAUCGGCCGCUCACCAUGGCAACAGACGAAACAACGGCAGCGGAGACAGAGGGAGUUAUCAGAAGUGACAGCAAUAGUCUGCCGGUGUCCAAGGAGACGUCUCAGAACGAGAUCAACAGCCUGACACAGGACGACAUGGGUUCACAGGGGUCAGGCAGUGGAGUUUACUGCCAGAUCAAAACCAUACGUACGAACCCCAAGGACACAAGAGGCAAAAGGACAGCUCGGUAUACGAAUGGCAGCGUGGUAGCAUCGGAUGUGGUGGGAGGGGUUUGCACCGAGGCCACAGAGGGGAAGGAGCCAGACCAAGAGAGAAGACGGGUGCAGUCUCUACGGGGUGAGGGACAUCGCUCAGUGUUAAAGACAGGGAGUGUUUGUACGACUGUACACGCCACCCCACCUCGGCCAUGCCGAAUAAUGGCGACUUCCCCGUCUCGCCUUUGUGGAACUUGUGGCAGGAGACGAUCACAGAUUACACCGUGCACAGGUGCAUGUCGCAGGAGGGCAGUCAAUCAAAUAACAGCCAGCCAGACUUUACCUAAUCCUCCACGGAAACCAUCUGUAGCGACCAAUCCAUCCAGAAAAGGCUCGGCAGCCCUGAACUCUCACAGCAAAAACACAGACACAGGCAACACACAACAACACACAUCAGUAAAGACCUCUCAGAUACCACAGUUGUCACACACUAUACCGAAAACACACAGCUCACAUUCAAACCACACAGCACACGCUCAGAACAAAGCAAAAGACUCAAAGCAGCCCACAAGGCCACAUUCUGCAGACUUUACUCAUUACAAAGACUCAGCCACACAAACAACAGACACGCACAUGCACAACGACUCGGAUAGGACCACAGGUGGCGCACAUACACAACAAACUCACACACCAACUGCAGAGGUGACAGAACCGCAUUCAACUGACAAACACAAGCUGGCUCAUACCCAGCACGCUGAUGAAUCCGUACACUCAUCAGGCCACAUCAACUCAAAGCCUCCGACUCCUUCCUUUCACAGUGACUUAAAAUUUAGCAGCACGCCUCCUCUUCCACCAAAAAAUUCCCCUAAAUCCACUCAUUCCAAACCAGCCACACCUGUAGCGCAAACCAAAAACCAGGAGUCCACAAAUGCACCCAAACAAUCCUCAGAACGGAUCAAACUCAAGGACUACCAAAAACAGAAGAGCAAAUCAUUCGACGACCACACCCUGCCUUGUAAGACUCAUAUGAAAGCACAAUGUAACGGCGCUCCAGGAGGCCUGCUGGACGGACACGCAGUGAAUGCACCACGGGGGCUGGAGAGGCAGCUGCAGAGCGUGGAGGAGAACCUACUGUCUAAUCAGGAGAAGAUCAAGGUGCUUCUCAACGUGAUUCAAGACCUGGAGAAGAGCAAGGCUUUCAGCGAAGGUCGCAGCUCAUACAGAACUGGUCAGGACAUAAACAACUGUCCCACCUGCCAAAAGACAGCCUGCAUCAUCUACAGCGUGGAGCAUGAUUUUCGGCAGCAGGAGGGACGCUUCCAGGGGGUUAUGGAGGCCCUUGAGGGGGAAUAUGAUGUGCCUGCACCGACUCUGACCAAGCCCACGCCAGCCCCUUCGUCCACCACUCGUUCCAGCACCAAGGCACGUGUCAAGAAACUGCGCAAGAAGUGUUUCUGGUGGCUCUAAGUUUUGCAAAAGCCUCUCUGGGCAGCAAGUGCAUACAGGUGUGGAUUAAAUUUCAGGGGACCCAACAUUUUCUAGAGUAAAGCAUCUCUCUUUACUGGGUGUGCAGCGUGCUUAGUGUUACUAAAUUCAGAAGGAGAAUUUUUCCAAGCAGCCUCCCAGUAUAUGGCACAUUUUCCACCGCAACUCAUCCUGAGCUCUGAUAAAACACAGUGGUGAGCAGGUAGAAAGAAAGGAGAUGCACUAAAGAAGGAAAUGAGGACCAAAGGAAUUGCUGAAUUUUCUUUCAGAUCCACCAGAGAGGGAGUCUGAGAAAGAUCAUCCCUUUUCUUUCUCUGCGGGAGCCAGUUUUUGGCGUCAAAUUUGUGAUGAACUUUUGACAGAAAGUGAGGACAUUGUGUUUCCAGAACAAAUCUGUAAGAAACAGAUGAAGCUUCGACACUUUGGAUAUCAGUCUGGUGUACUGUUCACUUGGCUGAGCUGCUGUCUAGACAGAUGGACAGAUGUGUGAGGUAUGAAUGAAUCUACAUAGAAAUUCUGGCCACAUUACAGCAAAAAGCGGCGGGACCUUGAUGGAAUCUUCCUUGAAAAUCUAAGGAAUUCAACAACUCAUUGGAAUAUUGUGUCUCUGGAUGGCUUAACAGCUGAAAUUUGAAUGUAGCAACAGCUGGAGGACAGGAGGGAUAUCGGUGGAAAAACAAGUCGAUGAGCUCUCUGGAAACACGGAGCUCACUGGAUCAUCAGGAUGUUGGAGAGCAAAGUGGAGACAGUACUUAGAAUACAUUAAGAGACAAUGUGAUAGGCAGCUGAUGAAAGACUGACAGUCAGUGUCAGGUAAUUAAAAAUUCUGUCAAUGCUGACUGACAGAGUGAUUGAUUCUUUCCUUUAUUACCGUCCGAAAAGGAAAUGUUUUGCUGUAAAGCCCGAUCUUGUUUCAAGGAUUUCCACACAAGCGUGCAAACAAAUACAUGCACAAAAAGGCAUACACUGGCAGGCACUGCUUUACACAUACAGUGAACACAAACAACCACCACAACCCACAUGCUUACUGUACACAUUCAGUACAUUUGUGAACCAGUGCAAACUAGGGGUAGACCAGUUCUAAGUUCACAGUUAAUGAUUGGACUGUAUUGAUGUUGUAUGAAUGUAUUCAUAUUUGUAAAAUCUAAGCCAUUAAGGCACCAAUAACUUCUGUAUGAAUAACAGUGAAACUAGGUUUUAAUGUCUGGAGUUUUUCCUGAUUUAACCAUUGCACUUACUGUGCAGAAGAAAUCUCUGUUGACACACUACAAUGUGAAGAGCUUCAAAGUGAGACAUUACAGGAAAGACAAAAAAGUCCAGUCUUCUUUGAUAUUACAGAUAACAAACCAGAGGCAGUCACUUCCAUAUCCUACUAGCUUGCUCUGCAGCAUUCUGACCAUUCUGCUCCUGCUAAUUGGAGCAAUGAGCGACAACUUGAAUAUCUGCACUAAAAACACACACUACAGGUUGAAACAGCUUGUCAAAAUGUAAAGAAAUCAAUACGUUUCAUAGCUCAAGGUUCAUUAUCCCAUGUAAAAGUGAAAUUUCAACGAAUACAUCGCAUCCUUGUAAAAAUAAUAACAUAAUUAGUAGAGAAAAACAGCAUUUUAUAACAAACUAUAUUCUGAUAGACCUGACUGUUAUCAGAAAUUAUAACUCAAAUCUGUAACAAAAAUAAAUAAAUAAAAAAAUUGUACUAUGGGUCUAUCCCUUUUGCACAUCCAGACCAUUAUUUUUGCACACACAGGCCCAGCAUUUGCAUAAUGCUUGAUUCAUGGCAGUUCAGAGUGUAAACACUAAUCUCACGAGGGCUCACUUCAGCUGCUUCUGGCUCACAAGUUGCUACCAAUUAGAAUCCUGGAUGACACCACAUUUACUAAUUAACCAAUCCAUAUCCAGAGAAGCCCUGUCCCUGUAUUUUUAUAUGCUAUCCUUUAACAGUGUGUGAGCUCCCACAGCACCCCUCUCUUCCUGAUCUUCCUCUUGUAUGUGCAAUAAAAAUGUGUAUUUUAAACAAAAAAACAUGCUGUUGUCAACAUACUUUGUGUUCCAGAGCGACAUUGAAUUUCAAACAGGAUUAGAUGGAGCUGCUUUCCUGUAAAUGUACUUUGAAUAACAUUGUAUGAACAGACAAAAGGUUGAAGACACCAGACAGACUUGUGCACUUCAACAGAACUCAGCAGGAAAAGCUGCAUAUACUUACGAUCAGAGCGUGCUCUCGACCCAUCGUAAUGACCGUCCGGUUUAUGAUUCUCAGCAGAGAUACCACAAUGUCCUGGAUAUGUUGAAAUGUUUCCCCCUGAGAGAAGCAUAGUCAAAGUACAGGAGUGUGGUGGAGGAGGAGAAAGAGAAUAACAGAGAAAGGGGAAGAUAAAGAGGGAAAAAAACAAGAUAAACAAGAGAUUUGUUAGAUUUUCUCAGGUGUACUAAUACUCAAAAAACACAGACAGAUUCAGAACAUCUCCUGCCCUGUUCAAACAACAUCCAUAGGGAAUAAUAACUUUGGCCCUGGUUCGAUAAAUGUCUCAGAAGUUCUCCUCUACAAAACUUAAGACUCAUCAGGUUUUAUUUGUGCUGUCAUUUUGCCCCCAUGUGAACUCUCCUUGGCCUAAAGACAACCAAGUUUGCACGAUCCAAAAAGCUUGACUCUGGUUCUAAAUGGAUGGUGGAUCAAACAAUACAAGAAAGAGAAUAAAGCUUUUUGAAUCUGAUGUUUUUCCCUUCUCAGAAAAUUAGCCUCUCCAGAACAUUCACUUAAUCAUCCUCAGCAUGGAUGUAUAUUAACUGCAAAAGGCUUCUGACACAUUAAUGUGGAUUUUCUGUGCAGACCUGCUUUCCUCUUUCUAUACCUCCAUCUGCUUUGAAGCCACUUUACUGCCAUGUUUCAUUUCCUCCAUUUGUGCCGAAGGAAACAACGGGGACAAGAUGUUAUUAAUAGUCUGUCUUUGUGCUCAGACUUGUCUCAGGCCAGAUUACUGUUUUAUGGUUACAGAGAGUCUACAGAUUUGAAAAAGCAAACUUAAAUCUGGAAUAUGGAGCUGAUUUUACGUAUAAUUUCAGAAUGCUAUGUCAUCUGGGCUGCCUUCAGGUGGUGUUCACACUUGAACACAUUGAGUGCAUUAACCAUGGCUGGACUUGCAGUUUACGCUCUGCUAGUCAGUCUCACUGAGUUUCAUCUGAGUAGGUGCUUGCAACCUUUCAUUUCAUACUCCAUUUAAAUCCAUUUAAUUCAAAGCCAAGAGGUGACGAUACCCUUUACCCUGAUAUGAUUUUUAAAAAUAUUUGAAAAAUUGUUUAACAGCACAUUUUUACAAAGAAUUCAUUAAAUGGAAAUACCAA